CAUUCUCCACCAGAUUCAGCGACUUGCUUCAGUCUCCCCUUAGGUAGGUCGGCUGUUCCUGAUGCUCAUUUUCUCUACCCCACUCGCAUUUAGGCCUCCCCCGCGUCAACAGCUCCUCGGGCCAAUCUCAUCAUCAACACCCAUUGACGAGUCGUAACGUGCUGCUCGCGCGCGCCGAUGUUCGCGGUGGGUGCGCGCAUCUGGGUGAAGGAUGAGGAGGAGGCGUUCGUGGAGGCGGUGGUCACGGGCGUGGAUGGCGACAUCAUCGAGGCCGACGUCAUCGGCCGCAAGGGGCCUCUGGCCAAGGCGCAUCUGAAGGCGUCGGAGUGCCACCACAAGGAGGAGGACCUGGGGCUGGUGGACGACAUGACCAAGCUCGCGCACCUGCACGAGCCGGGCGUGCUGCACAACCUGGGCACCCGAUACCACAAGAACCUCAUCUACACAUACACGGGCAGCAUUCUGAUAGCGGUGAAUCCGUUUGUGCGGCUGCCAGCGCUGUACCACCCCAUCAUGAAGCUGCAGUACCGCGGGGCACAGCUUGGGGAGCUAGGCCCGCACGUCUUCGCCGUUGCAGACCAUGCCUACCGGUCGAUGGUGGACACCGGGCAGAGCCAGUCAGUGCUGAUCAGUGGUGAGAGCGGGGCGGGCAAGACAGAGACGACGAAGCUGGUGAUGGAGUACCUGGCGGGGCUGGGGGAUACGGGCCACGACAACAGCAAAGGCGCGCCCAAGAACGAGGCCAUGAUUGCCUCGCAGCUCUGUGUGUCAAGGGUGCUCGAGUCCAACCAACUGCUGGAGUCCUUUGGAAACGCCAAGACAGUGCGCAACAACAACUCCAGUCGCUUUGGCAAGUUCAUAGAGAUUCAGUUUGACGCGAACGGGUGUGUGUCGGGUGCGGCCAUCCGCUCGUAUCUGCUGGAGCGGUCCAGAGUGGUGCAGAUUAGCGACCCCGAGCGCUCCUACCACUGCUUCUACCAGCUGCUCUAUGGGGCCACGCCCGAGGAGGCCGAACUUUUCAAGCUGCCCACGACGGGCGAGAGGGGCAAGCAGUUCCGGUAUUUGAACCAGAGCGAGUGUUUUGAGCUGCCCGACAGCUGCAGCAAUGCGGAGGAGUACCGCAAGACACGGCACGCCAUGGAAGUCAUGGGCUUCACACUCGAGGAGCAGAUGGGCAUCCUGCGACUGCUAGCCGCCAUUCUGCACCUGGGGAAUGUGCUGUUCCAAGAGGGGGACGACCCCCCACCGCAACUGGCAGGGGAACAGUCCGACUUCCACCUCACCACCGUGGCCGAACUGCUGGGGGUGCCCAAGGAGCCCUUGCUGGAGACGCUGGUGACGUACACGCGCAAGGUGGGCCGGGAGGUUUUCAAGAGCCCGCUCAAGCCGCAGGCCGCGGCUGCCAAGCGCGACACCCUCGCCAAGACCCUCUACUCCAAGCUCUUUGAUUGGAUCGUGGCGAAGGUGAAUGAGAGCAUAGGGCAGGACCCCACGUCCACCAUGCUCAUUGGCGUGCUCGACAUCUACGGCUUCGAGCACUUCAAGACCAACAGCUUCGAGCAGUUCUGCAUCAAUCUGGCCAACGAGAAGCUCCAACAGCAUUUCAACGCGCACGUGCUGAAGAUGGAGCAGGAGGAGUACACGCGGGAGCAGAUCGACUGGAGCUACGUGGACUUCACCGACAAUGAGGAUGUGCUGGAGCUCGUAGAGGGGAAGCAAGGCAUUCUCAGCACACUGGACUCCACAUGCAAGACGCCCAACUCCACGCCUGAGACGUUCAGCCGCACGCUGUACAAGCAGUACGAGGCCCACGAGCGCUUCCUCUUCGGCAAGAUGUCCAAAACCGACUUCACCAUCCACCACUAUGCUGGACAGGUGAAGUACCUGACGGACGAGUUCCUGGUGAAGAACAUGGAUGCGGUGGUGCCGGAGCACGAGGCGCUGCUGGGCAACUCCGCCCACGCCUACAUCGCACAGCUCUUUCCCCAGGACGCCGAGGCCAGCAAGGCUGCCUUCAACUCCCUGGGGAAGAGAUUCAAGGAGCAACUAGCGGCCCUAAUGCGAACACUGAACAGCACGCAGCCGCACUACAUCCGGUGUGUGAAGCCCAACAGCACGCUCAAGCCCGGGGUCUUCACGCGCAAUCUUGUCAUGGAGCAGCUGCGCUCAGGGGGAGUGCUAGAGGCAGUGCGGGUGUGUUCCAAGGGCUACCCCACGCGGCGCUCAUUUGAGGACUUCAUAGACAGAUUCGCCUUCCUCGUGCCCUCCUCGCUCUACGACGAGGCGGAGGAUGAUGAGCUGGUGCGAGCAAUCAUGAAGGAGGCAGGCAUUGAGGGGUACCAG